AUGAGCGCAUCAAAAUCCUCACACUCCUUCCACCCGGCUCUUGCCGUUUCAAACAUCAAGACCCAUGUUCCGAUCACACUUGAAAUGGAGAACAUUCAAUAUGCGAAUUGGGCUGAAUUAUUUAAAGUUCAUUGUCGGUCUCACCGCGUUCUUCACCAUAUUAUCAAACCCAAAAACCCAGACGGGACAGAUAAAGAACCCGAUGAUGACCACGAUAUGUGGGAUACCCUUGAUGCUGCUGUAGUUCAGUGGAUUUAUUCCACAAUCUCCACGGACCUGCUCAACACCGUCAUUGAAGCAGAUGUAUCGGCAAUGACGUUAUGGAACCGGCUUCGUGAUUUGUUUCAAGACAAUGAAAAUUCCCGGGCCGUAGCUUUGGAUCAUGAAUUUAACAACACCUAUUUGCGGGAUUUUCCAUCAGUCUCCGCGUAUUGCCAGCAUCUCAAAACGCUGGCUGAUCAACUCAAAAAUGUGGGAGCCCCGGUAUCGAACAACCGUUUGGUGUUACGAAUGGUAGCCGGUCUCACCUCCGCGUAUCAAGGGGUUGCUUCUGUCAUUCGCCACAAGAAAGUUUUACCCCCGUUUUAUGAGGUUCGAUCGAUGUUGGCAUUGGAAGAGGCUAGCAUGAAGGGAGUGACGGCUGGGGGUGAUGAAGCUAUGGUGGCCGCUGCUAAGGACACCAAUGACUCCUCUGAUUAUGGUGCUCAACGUCCUGAUUAUGAUGGCCAUAUCAAAUUACCCAGAAACCGAAACAAUAAAAGCCGCAACAAUGGUCACGGUGGACGUAUCAACAGUGGUGGUUAUGGGCCCAGAACUGGUGGACGUGGUAACCGUGGUAACAGUGGUGGUAACGGUGGCUCGAGGGGUGGUCACGCUGGCGGACAUGGAUCACAACACCAGUGGCAGCAAUGGUGGUCUUUGAUGCAACGUUUCCCAUGGGCUAUGCCUCCUUGCCCAUACCCAACUCAACCUUGGGGAAGACAACAUGGGCUAGGACAAUCUGGAAUAUUAGGCCCAAAACCUCAGCAACAGCAGGCCCAUGUAGCAGAUUCACAGUGGACUCCAACUGCUAUUGAGUCCGCCAUGCACACCAUGACUCUUUCUCCACCUGAUUCUAACUGGUAUAUGGACACUGGGGCGACGUCUCAUAUGACAUCCACACAAGACCGGGAGGCGGCUAAUGAGAUGUGAUAGUACGAGUGACCUCUACCCCAUUACUUCCACCAGUCAAAAUUCAGUCUCUUCUCAAACUGCUUGUCUCGCAUCGACUCUUUGGCAUAACCGUUUGGGUCACCCAGGAGCCUCUAUUUUACAAACUCUUCGGCAUAAUAAAUUUAUUGAAUGUACUAGUACCUCUAGGUCUAAUACGUGUCAAUCUUGUAUUCUUG